AUGGUAAUUAUCAAACGGCUCUUUAUUAAAGCCUCCAACAACUAUGAUUCAAAUUUCCAGAUUGUUCCAGUAAAUACCAACCAACCACUUGAAAUCAAGUCUGAUAUUGGAGUAUUCAAACUUUUAGUCAAUAUAAAACAAUUUGAUGGCUCCCAACCCCAUUUGUCGAAUAGUCUAUACAACCAAGAGGACAAGACAUAUCUCAAUGGUGAGAAAAUUGAUUUUAACCCAACCGCAAAGGCUGAAGGGCCAGAACCUAAUUUGCGAAUCAAUAUCGAAUUCACACCAAAAGAAGAUAUCAAAGGUGGUGACUUAUUAUUUGGUAACGAUUUCACCUAUUCCAUUAAAGACUAUGUCCCUACGACCUUGAUGAACACCGGCUUAAAAUUGUUCAAUUGGUUUGUUAAUGACACCGUCAAGGGUGACGUUUACAAUGACAAACCAUACCUUUAUGGCUUGGCCUUGAAUAGUUUCAGUUAUAUUGGCAUAAACCAACCAAAGCCUUUGGGUAUUAUUAAUGAAAAAUCACAUCCAAUGAACUACAAGGAGGAUUUCCAAGGCAAGGUUGAAAAUGCCCCUAAAUCAUCAAAUGAAAGAAAGAAACGUUUCAACACCAAGCCCAAAUGUGAUGAGUUUACUUUCAUCAAAGGGGAAAAAUAUGAUUUUCAAUUUGACACCGACUUCUUGAAGCUUGCAGAUUCAAAGUAUUUAGUUUCAAUCCCAAAGUUUGACUUCGAUGUCAGCAGAUAUGCCAACGACACUUUAAACAACGUCAAUUGGGUCAUAAAGGAAGGGGGAAUUGAUGGUGUAGGUCUUGGAAAGUUGGGAUUAAUCAUCAACUUUGCUUUAAAGACAGAAGAGAAGGAAGAACAAUAG